AUGAGCCUAUCACGCAUGGAGGAGGCGGGUAGCAAUGAGCACUUUCUCUCACAGCUCGCAUCGAUACGUGUUAUAACCACAAAUCGGACGAUGGAAAUCGGUAAAGAGUUGCAUAUUGUUUGCAAGGUGCAAGGACGACCGCCACCCAAAGUUACCUGGUUCAAGGAUGGCAAAUCGAUUAAUCGCAAUCGUAAAUUUUACAAAUUCCGGCAUUUCAAAAAGCGUUCUGAGCUGAUCAUUCGUUCGUUUAAUAUUUCCGAUACGGGGCGUUAUGAGUGCCGCGCUAAAAAUAAAAUCAACCAGGAGCCAGAUCGACGCACCAUUUUAAUCAAGGCAGAUCCAGAGCCACGUUAUCCCACAAGUUUAAUGGGCGGAACUGGUAACAUUUGCCCCGAUGAUGCUGCUGAAUUUUGUCUAAAUGGUGGGACAUGUAAUUUCUUUUCGGAAAUCGGCUCAUAUUCUUGCAUAUGUCCGGAAGGAUUCAUAGGCGAACGCUGCGAUCGGAAGGAAGUCAAUAAUAUAUCUCCUAAUAUAACCUUCAAGGUGGGCUACAUUGCCGACGAUCCCAAUUCGUAUACGGAAUCAAUGCCGAUGAGCACACCAAAAGAAGGAGCCAAUAAGUCGGGGAAUAGUUGA